GGGGCAACCCUCCUGAUUUCUCUGCUAACCCGUUAUCUCCUCUUCUAGGCUGGGCAGGACCAUGGGGCCGCCCCGAGCCACCGUCUCCCACUAACCGCCCUGCGCCCGCCGAGCCGCCGAGCCGGGGGGCGUCCCGGGCCAUGGGGCCGGAGCCGCUGCGGGACGAGGAGGAGGAGGACGGGGGGCCCCCCCGCCGCAGCCGCUUCGUGAAGAAGGACGGGCACUGCAACGUGGAGUUCGUCAACCUGGGGGAGAAGAGCCAGCGGUACCUGGGCGACCUGUUCACCACCUGCGUGGACGCCCGCUGGCGCUGGCUGGCCCUGCUCUUCUCCCUGGCCUUCGUGCUCUCCUGGCUGCUCUUCGGCCUGGCCUUCUGGCUGGUGGCCGCCCUGCACGGCGACCUGGGCCCCGCGCCCGCCCUGCGCCCGCCCUGCUUCACCCAGGUCACCGGCCUGCUGGGCGCCUUCCUGCUCUCGCUGGAGACCCAGACCUCCAUUGGCUACGGCUCGCGCAGCGUGACCGAGGAGUGCCCGGCCGCCGUGCUGGCCGUGGUGCUGCAGUGCGUGGCCGGCUGCCUGCUGGACGCCUUCCUGCUGGGGGCCGUCAUGGCCAAGAUGGCCAAGCCCAAGAAGCGCAACCAGACGCUGCUCUUCAGCCGCUGCGCCGUGGUGGCCCUGCGGGACGGCAAACUCUGUCUCAUGUGGCGCGUGGCCAACCUGCGCCACAGCCACCUGGUGGAGGCCCACGUCCGCGCCCAGCUGCUGCAGCCCCGUGUGACCCCCGAGGGCGAGUUCCUGCCCCUGGACCAGCGGGACGUGGACGUGGGCUUCGACAGCGGCACCGACCGCCUCUUCCUGGUCUCGCCCCUCACCGUGGUGCACCAGAUCGACGACGCCAGCCCCUUCUACGGGCUGGGGCCGGCCCAGCUGGCCCGGGCCGACUUCGAGCUGGUGGCCAUCCUGGAAGGCAUGGUGGAGGCCACGGCCAUGACCACGCAGUGCCGCACCUCCUACCUGCCUGGCGAGCUGCGCUGGGGCCACCGCUUCGCCCCCGUCCUGGCCCGUUGCCGCCGCGGGCGCUACCGGGUCGACUUCCACCACUUCCACCGCACCUACCCGGUGCCCGGCACCCCCCGCUGCAGCGCCCGGGAGCUGGGGCAGCAGAGCCCCGGCCCCGCCGGCACCCCCCGCGCCUCCUUCUGCUACGUCAACGAGCUGGCCCUGCGCGAGCAGCAGCCGGACGAGGAGGAGGAGGACGGGGCCACGGAGACGUGAUGGGACGGCGCCUGCGGGGAAGGGGGCUCGUAG